UAACAAAAGUUACAUUAGAUAAAAAUGGCUAGCGAAUUAUGCCCUAUAUACUCUUCUUUUUUUGGCUUUGCAGGUGUUUGUGCGUCAAUGGUUUUUUCUUGCCUGGGGGCAGGCUACGGCACGGCUUUAGCCGGUAGAGGAAUUGCAGCUGUAGGAGCUUUUCGACCUGAAAUUGUUAUGAAGUCUUUGAUUCCAGUCGUAAUGAGCGGUAUUAUCGGUGUUUAUGGUUUAGUGAUGUCUGUCUUAAUUGCUGGUGAUAUGUCUCCCGACAGUGAAUACUCUCUGUUUAGUGGAUUUGUUCACCUUUCUGCCGGAUUGGCCGUCGGUCUCACUGGAGUCGCUGCGGGCUAUGCCAUCGGUAUUGUCGGCGACAAGGGUGUGCAAAGUUUUAUGAGACAAGACCGAAUCUUUGUUAGCAUGGUUUUAAUUUUAAUUUUCGCAGAGGUUUUAGGGCUUUAUGGCCUUAUUGUCGGCUUAAUUCUGCAAACGAAGGUCUCCAACGUCUGCUAUUAAAGGUUCUGACCUUUCCCUUAAAUGAUUCUAUCAAAAAUUCAUGUUCAUUUGGUUUAUUCAAGUCACCCGUUUAAUUUUAUUUUUCCCAACAUUCUUGACUCACUUAAAUAAUGUAUAGAUUAUUAAUGUAUAAUGUUGAUUAAAAAAUCUAGCUGCUCUUCUUCAAGUUAUGAUUUCAAAAUUCAUUGAUUUCCAAAGGAUAUUUGAAUUACAAAUUCACCUCUCAUUAUUGGGGCUGACCGUAUCAUUAACAUACAAGACUUCAUAACGCUGAUUUACUUGAAUGGAGUAUUUGUUACUUAGCAUACCGGUCUUGUACAAUAGAAAAG